CAAAGACUAGGAGUCCGCCACGGAGAGACGCACCAAGGUGGCCCCCGCGCGUGUCUGCGUGCGCGCACUGGGACGUGCGGAGAGGGAGAGCCCGCCCGCGAGGUGUGCUGGGCGGCACCCCAAACCGCUUUCCAGAGAGAAAGCCGAGUCCAGAAAGUGAGUGCGCGUGAGUGUGUGCGCGCGCCCGCGUGCGGGGGCGUGGCAGUAAACAGCAACAACCCACAAGCCAGCUUGGCCAGAAACUCCGAUCUCCCUCCGAAGCCGGAAAGUGCGACUCGUCCGCAGCCCGGAGACGCCGGCCCACCCUCGCUGAGAGAAAGGAGCCGAGCUUGGGGAGAGGCCAGCGCGAGAGCAAGCGACGGAGCGAGGCCAGCUCAGCCCGGGUCCCGCGGAGAGGCAGGCCGUGCGCCCCGAUCCCCUGCCGGGGCCCCGCCACUCCAGGUCCCGGCUGGGCCUGGCCCCGCGCCCUACCCGGAGUCCCUCCCACCCCUGCGUGCGCCCCGCCUGGAGUUGGCCCCAAACGCCGCGCCGGAGCUGGGCAGGCGGCGCGUCCCAGCUGGGAAGAGGUCCCUCUUGUUCCUGGAGCAGCUUCCUCUCCCAAGAGGGACCCAGCUGGAGGCUGGCCUGGGAGCCAGGAUGGCCGUCCACAAAGCCUUGCUGAUGUGCCUGGGACUCCCUCUCUUCCUGUUCUCCGCAGCCCACGGCCAGAGCCAUGCCCCACCCGGCUGCAGCCCGGACCUCAACCCCCUCUAUUACAACCUGUGUGACCGCUCGGAGGCCUGGGGCAUCGUCUUGGAGGCAGUGGCGGGGGCGGGCAUCAUCACCGCCUUUGUCCUCACCAUCAUCCUUGUGGCCAGCCUCCCGUUUGUGCAGGACACCAAGAAGCGGAGCCUGCUAGGGACCCAGGUGUUCUUCCUUCUGGGGACCCUGGGCCUCUUCUGCCUCGUCUUUGCCUGCGUGGUGAAGCCUGACUUCUCCACCUGUGCCUCUCGGCGCUUCCUCUUUGGGGUCCUGUUCGCCAUCUGCUUCUCCUGCCUGGUGGCCCACGUCUUUGCCCUCAACUUCCUGGUCCGGAAGAACCACGGGCCCCGGGGCUGGGUGACCUUCACCGUGGCCCUGCUGCUGAGCCUCGUGGAGGUGAUCAUCAACACGGAGUGGCUGAUCAUCACGCUGGUGCGGGGCGGGGGCGGUGAGGCUGGCCCUCCGGGCAACGGCAGCGCCGGCGGGGCCAGCGCCUCCCCCUGUGCCAUCGCCAACAUGGACUUUGUCAUGGCACUCAUCUAUGUCAUGCUGCUGCUGCUGUGUGCCUUCACGGGGGCCUGGCCUGCCCUGUGCGGCCGCUUCAAGCGCUGGCGGAAGCAUGGGGUCUUCGUGCUGCUGACCACGGCCACCUCCAUCGCCAUCUGGGUGGCGUGGAUUGUCAUGUACACCUAUGGCAACCGGCAGCACCACAGCCCCUCGUGGGACGACCCCACGCUGGCCAUCGCCCUCGCCGCCAACGCCUGGGUCUUCGUCCUCUUCUAUGUCAUCCCUGAGGUCUCCCAGGUGACCAAGGCCAGCCCGGAGCAAAGCUACCAGGGGGACCUGUACCCGACCCGGGGCGUGGGCUAUGAGGCCAUCCUGAAGGAGCAGAAGGGCCAGAGCAUGUUUGUAGAAAACAAAGCAUUUUCCAUGGACGAGCCGGCCUCAGGUAAAAGACCGGUGUCACCGUACAGCGGGUACAACGGGCAGCUGCUGACCAGCGUCUACCAGCCCACUGAGAUGACUCUGAUGCACAAAGCCCCGUCUGAAGGAGCUUACGACGUCAUCCUCCCUCGGGCCACCGCCAACAGCCAGGUGAUGGGCAGUGCCAACUCCACGCUGCGGGCCGAGGACAUAUACGCGGCCCAGAGCCUCCAGGAGGCCACGCUGCCGAAGGAAGGCAAGAACUCUCAGGUCUUUAGAAAUCCCUAUGUGUGGGACUGAGUCAGCUGCCACCAGGAGGAGGUGGGCAGAUUGGGGGAGGGUCUCCCCCGGCCCCUCCCUCCUCGCUGGCUCAGGGCAGGUCUCGGGCCUCCCCCGCCUGCCAGCGUGCCGGAGGGUGUCCCAGAGCCCCCCACUCACUCAGUGUUUGCGGAGUCCAGAAGCCAACUCUGGCUUCGUGCCAGGGCCACCUCUGGCGGCCACGCUCCAGCCAAAUAGCGUUCUUGGGGUGGCGGCCGGUCGGCACCUACAUUCUCUGGAGUCUUCGGAGAGAUUCCUGCCACCUCGAGAGAGAUGUUGCAGGGGCUUCUGUCCCGGGUCUUGGUCCUCUGUGAGGAACAAGGGUGCCUAAUAAACACGAUUCUGCUUUAUUAACCCUU